CUGCAUCCACCACACAGCAAUUCGCUGAACACAGGCUUUCACCGAAAUGUCAUGACCCUGAAAAACAUCUAGCUCCUUGUCUACACCGCCCUCAAGGUCUUCCCUUUUGUUCGAGUCAUGAGCGCCCCGACGAUGCGACUGACCGUCGCGCUCUCCGAGUUGCCGUCUAUCCGGCUGUGAUGAUAAUAGCUUAUCGCCAUGUUGCAGCAGUCAGGCAAAUUCGUCAUAAUUCACUUCGGGCGCGAGCUGGGAGGAAAGGUUGUUGGCUGGAAGUACACCAUGAGACUGGGACACGGAAAGGGCUACGACAGGCGCAGGAAGGCGUAUGAUACGAACAUCAAGUCGAAGCUCGGGGGCGAGAAUAUCACGACGGAUCCAGGCGCAGGGCAUCCGUCGCAAAAAUCGAACGAAGAAGAACUCCGUACGCUUGCGCUGCGUGAUCGUCCCGACGGCCAGAUCCCUGUCCUGCUCCCGCUCGAACCUCUCGGAGGCGACCACUGGCCUGCGUCCGGUCCCGAGGGCUGCACCAGCCGGACCAAGGUCAGGUUAUGUCAGGCCGGCCACGCAUCUAUCGCGUCCUUAUUUGUCAUAGUCGUCGAGAUCAACACCCAGCACGCCAAGUCAAACGGGCCCUCAAGGCACUGCGCCCGCUUCCGAACCGGGGCGAUAACGACGAUUCCGGCGGUUAGGCAUUGAGUCGAGCACUUGAUAGAGUCAGGGCGGCGUCGAGCGAUGAGGGCUUGCUGCAGCGGUGUCAGGUCCAUUCUUGUUGCCACGUUCACGGCCAACUUGUCGGCGGCACGAAAUCUUUGUUUCUCGUUUACCCUGUCUGUAACUCGCAGAUUUCGCAAUGCCAAGUUUUCGUCACCCUAGCUUGUUGCGACGUUGCGCGCUGG